CAGCAGCAUCAGCAGAUCACAUGACACUUCCUGUGAGGACACUUCAUAACACAACUGACACACAUCAGCAGCCCCGCAGCCUCCGCUGUGUCAUCCAACAUGCUGGCGCUCAUCAACAGGCUCCUGGACUGGUUCAGGACGCUCUUCUGGAAGGAGGAGAUGGAGCUCACGCUGGUGGGACUGCAGUACUCCGGGAAAACCACAUUCGUCAACGUGAUUGCGUCAGGCCAGUUCAGCGAAGACAUGAUCCCCACAGUUGGAUUCAACAUGCGGAAGGUCACCAAGGGCAGCGUGACGAUAAAGAUAUGGGACAUAGGUGGACAGCCCCGCUUCAGAAGCAUGUGGGAGCGCUACUGCAGGGGAGUGAACGCAAUUGUUUACAUGGUGGACGCGGGUGAUCGAGAGAAGAUAGAAGCUUCCAGAAAUGAACUGCACAACCUAUUAGAAAAGCCACAACUACAGGGAAUUCCUGUUCUAGUUCUGGGCAACAAACGAGACCUACCCAACGCAUUUGAUGAGAAGCAGCUCAUUGAAAGAAUGAACCUAUCUGCCAUUCAGGACCGAGAGAUCUGCUGCUACUCUGUCUCCUGCAAAGAGCAAGACAACAUAGAUAUCACACUGCAGUGGCUCAUCCAGCACUCAAAGUCCAGGAGAAGCUGAAAGUGACGCUGUCCCCAGUCGCAGCUCUGGCCUCAGCCCUCUAGUCACGGGUCCUCGACAGUCAUCCCCUCCACUGUCUCCGUGAAGUAAUCCAGCUCUCUCGCUCUCUCUCCGCUCACUACUGUCACCGCCUGCACCACCCAGUACACUACCAUAGCUGUGUCUCCCCCUGUACAGCACUACCAACCCUCCCGACUAUCUGGAGUCCUGAAAAGUUGUCUCUGUACUGUGCUAGAAGGUGGAUUGUCCACACCCAUCAUGCCUUAUUGCAUCAUUACGGCCACGCUCUGUGUCUGCACAUCACAGAGUUUGUCUUUCUUUUUCUUUCUAUUUCCUUUUUUUCUGAAUGGCUUCUGUUUCCGUCGACAAAGGAAGGUAAAGAUGUUGCUGUGCACUUUUCCACAGCUCGAGUGGAGCUCCUCCAAUCCCACAGUCCAACAUCUGUUUAGCUGCCUGUCAACAUUAGGUGUUUACAAUGAGACAUUGUGCGAUUGUAGUUUCUAAACAGUUAAUUGCCAAAACGACGAUGGUCUCCCGUGGUAAUGCCUUCAAUUCCUGAUAAACCCUCUGUUAUGUAGCCGGCAUGGCAUAUGGAAGUAUCCAUUUUAAUAAGUGACUUAAAUCAAAGUUUACACACAACAUAAAGAUCAGUGGAAGGUGAGACUGUGAGUGGUUGUUGUGUCUGAGAUAGAAAUCUUAUAACAGAUCAGCAGAUGUUUAUGUGCCUUUGACUGAGUGAGUGUCCCAAUCAGACAGUUAUGGCCCAAGGCAACUUCUAACUUAUACAUAAACAAAACAAAACACUUGGUACAGACAGUGUAAUCCCUUGAUUACACUUAACACCACCUCUAGACAAUCUCAUUUUAUGUUUUCUAAUCAUAUAAACACAUAAUGAUGUCUGAGAAUAGACCCGACUGUACCCACAGUGGAAAAUGAGGAAUGACGACGGGAACGUGCGAUGAAAUAAGAAAAAUGUUACAUUUUGUGUGGUUGAUUUUUAAUUGUUGUUUCACUUGUAGCCUGUGACUUGUAUGUAGCUCGACAUGUGGGCUGACUCUUGCUUGCACUUCUCAGGUUGUUUUCAAAUUGUCUGAAAGCUGUAUGGGUGUGUGUCUGUGUCAUAAUCCCCACUGCGUUGGGGUUGGACAGCAGAAAGCCAGUGUUAGUCACGACGACGACGGGACAGUCCUUCAGUUCAAAGCGCUGGAUGCUUGAUAUCCGCCAUGCCUUGCCACGCCCCCGUCUGGAGCCUGAUGUCUUUUUUGUACAAGUCUUCGCAGUCCCAGGACGACGCUUCACUCCUCUAAAAGCGACAUACUGAUUGACUCUUCAUUUCUUUCUUUCCGCGACAAGACAAUGAUUUCUCCCAGAUUCGACCACUUUACAUUUAUCUGCCCCUUGCUUGGCCAGUGCAUCUUGAUCUGUUAAUUUUGUGUGUCACCAGAUGGGGGUGAGGUAUCCCUUCUGCUUCAAUGCUAUAUGUAGGCCUACAUGGCUUAUGUGUUUCACUGUAAUGUUUGUUCUACAGAUCCAUCGCACACUCUGUCAUCACACAUGUUGUGUUAUGUCUGUCUGUGAUCGUCGUAAUCCUAGAUGUCCAUUGUUGGGACCACAGCAGCGGUGAGGGGCUGUAUACUUGGGUGACUGUGUGGGUAAUCUUGGGAAAGCUUUGUUACCUGUGUAGUAAUAAUAAUGAUAAUAUAGCCUAUUUGCAAUUUGUAUGUGCAUGUGCUGAACCUAUCCACAUUCAAUUGCAGACUUUGUAAAUAAGAAGUUAGCAUUUUUAUUCCAACAAAUGCGCCUAUAGAUGUUAUGCAUUCUCUUCCUGUGAUUGCUAAUAAAAUUGUUUUUAUUUUUAAGGA